CCUCUCUUUCCUCUCAUCUCUCGCCUUUGUGCUCUAUCUGGCUUUUUGCUUAGCACAAGCCAAACAGAUGUAAGUUUAAUCCAGGCAACAGUCAAAGCUGGGAAGUGAAUCUGAGGCUGUCCCUUUUUACCAGCGUGCCACUGUGUUGACAGGAUACGCAUCAGGCGGGGCAACUGUCAGGAAGGCGAGAUGAAAUGCUCCUGGAGCUGCACACCGGGCUUUAUUUUCUCAAUUCCUUUGCUUGGAUCUAUUAGUUAUCACUCUUGAAGGUUGAUUGAAGCUUACUUUAAAGGAAUCUACAAGACUGUGAGUCUGACUGUUGUAAGGUAGAACAAGCAGGCGAGCAUGUCGAGGAAUGGAGGAACAAUUUAAAAGGACAUUCUAACAACUUUAUGUUUUUUUUUUGUUUUAUCCGUCUCGUUAAAGUGGACUCAGUCUUUGUUUGCUUUGAAUUCUGCAGCGACUGCAGGUGUUUCUCCGUCUGGAUUUAUACACCUGCUGUCCAAGAGAAUUGAUGGUUCUCUACCCUGACCUGGACUUCCUUUGACAGGAUUUUUAUUUCAUCAGUGAUUCAUCACUCUUUGCCCCCCCCCCCCCCUUUUUUUUAUUGCAGCUUGAACUCGCCACUUAUUUAAAAGACUGGGCAGUGAUUUCCAACAAAAGCCGCAGUGUUUGGUUUUUAGAGCAACAGCAUCUUCUGGACAGAACUGUCUCGUCAUUUUGAGAGGAUUUGCAGACUUUCCACCGCAGGGAGUAUUUCAUAUCUGAUUUACCCGCAGCAGAUUUUAAUUAAAAGCCUCUCACUCGGACUGUCAGCCGGAAGCCAGGAUGCAGGUGUCAUUAGUGUGCACAGAUCACCGUGGGGGGGUGAGCCGCAACACAGAGGACCGUCUGAACCGGCAGAACGCCAACAGCCCCAGCACAGGCACUCGCAGCAAGUUCAGAGCUGUGGCCAUGGUGGCUCGAAGUCUCGGGCAACUCUCUGUUCAGAGUGUGCCCUCCUCCAGCGAGCAAAGUGUCAAGACUGGCAUGAAGUAUAGAAACCUUGGCAAAUCAGGUCUGCGGGUAUCCUGUCUUGGAUUAGGAACAUGGGUGACGUUUGGUGGACAGAUAACGGACGAGAUGGCAGAGCAGCUGAUGACUCUGGCCUAUGAAAAUGGCAUCAAUCUGUUUGACACAGCAGAGGUCUACGCUGCUGGGAAGGCGGAGGUGGUGCUCGGAAACAUCAUAAAAAAGAAAGGAUGGAGACGUUCCAGUUUGGUGAUCACAACAAAGCUCUUCUGGGGUGGAAAAGCUGAGACUGAAAGAGGCUUAUCCCGAAAACACAUUAUUGAAGGUUUAAAAGCCUCACUAGAAAGACUGCAAUUAGACUACGUGGACGUGGUUUUUGCCAACAGACCAGACCCCAACACACCUAUGGAAGAAACGGUUCGAGCAAUGACGCAUGUGAUAAAUCAGGGCAUGGCCAUGUACUGGGGAACGUCCCGCUGGAGCCCAAUGGAAAUCAUGGAAGCGUAUUCAGUGGCGCGGCAGUUCAACCAGAUUCCUCCUAUCUGUGAGCAAGCAGAGUACCACAUGUUUCAGAGGGAGAAGGUGGAGGUGCAGCUCCCUGAGCUCUUCCAUAAGAUAGGUGUGGGGGCCAUGACGUGGUCUCCACUGGCCUGUGGGAUCAUCUCAGGGAAAUACGACGGCAGGGUUCCUCCUUUCUCUCGAGCGUCUCUGAAGGGCUACCAGUGGUUGAAGGACAAGAUCUUGAGCGAGGAGGGCCGGCGUCAGCAGGCGAAGUUGAAAGAGCUGCAGGCAAUCGCGGAGCGGCUGGGCUGCACUCUGCCCCAACUCGCCAUCGCGUGGUGUCUACGGAAUGAAGGGGUGAGCUCUGUGCUUUUAGGGGCGUCCAACACCGACCAGCUGAUGGAGAACAUCGGAGCGAUACAGGUUCUUCCCAAGCUGUCGUCGUCCAUCACGCACGAGGUGGACAGCAUCCUGGGGAACAAACCGUACAGUAAAAAGGACUACCGCUCCUAACGCGCGGCUCGGCGCCGCCCCGCCCGGCCUGCAGCUGCAGGGCCCCACCUUUGCCUGAUCCUCUCUUUGCUUGAGCUUUUACUGAGUGAGACCCUGGCGCAUGAGUCUGGCCCCACCAAGGCCACGCAGGGCACCUCAUUUAGAGUUACAAGGAUAAGUUGAGAAAAGGGUGGGGGGGGCAGUAGUCACCUCCACAGAGCGAGGACGGGAUAAACAAAGAAAGACGGACAGCAGUAAAAGAGGUUAGGGAAAUGCGCUCAUACGUAAAUCAGUUAUACAUUCAAUCCUGCUGAACAUAUGUUAAAACCCAUAGAGAAUAAUUAGAAAAUCAUUUUAAAAAAGUGUUAAAAAAAGAAUAAAUAAGCACACGCUUGCUUGGCAGCCAGAUUUCUAUUUUUUGUUUCUCAGUUAUUUUCUAAAACGGAAUGCAGCUAAAGAGAAGUUCAUAGAGUUUGAAUAAAUGAGAAAAUACUGUUGCACAUGUACCUUAUGCAUUCGUUCCUGAGACGCUGGGACAGGCGUCCAGGUUCCUGUGAGAGUCGGUGUUGUCGACAUAACCAGCCCAGUCUGGGCUUCAAAUAUCAGCACUUUAGUACUUACUGUCAGUAUCGGGGGUUGGGGGGUAGAGAGGAUGGGUCUUAAUGUAAUCUUAUCUCACAGCCAUUGCACUAUAGAAUCACGUCGCCUCCUGACGGUUCCCUCGCUUCGUCCUCCCUCUGCGUUUUCACUGGCAGCGCGUCUCCCGCUUCUCCUGCUGAACCAGGAAGGCGAGAACUCAACAGGAAUGGCUGCCCCCUGCUGGCGAGAAAGUCCCCUGCAGUGAUGGAGCUUGAGCUCGGGCAAAAAAGCUCUGCCACUGACAGCCGCAUUUGAGUUUCCCUGCUUCACUGUGUUCCCCAGUGCGCCGGCCGUCCCCCUGAGGAGCUGCGGUGCAGGGAGUGAUCCGUCCUCACCCGAACCCCUCCUUGAUCAAGUUUUGUUCAAGAAUUUUGCCUUAUUUGCAGUUGGAUCAGACUGUGCUUCGGGCUUUGGUGUAGAGGAGCAGCGCGGCAGCUCAGGGAAUGAAGCCGGCGGUUUCAAGCGUUGUUAGCGGUCAGGAAGUUGUGCUCUGUUGUCUUGUCUCAUGUGGGGUGGGGGGUGGGGGUGGGUGGGGGGCAGCAUCUCUUAAGCGUGGCUAGAGCCAAAGAUAUUUGACUUCUUUAUCUGUAUUCGCUGACACCCUCUGGCAUUUUACGACCACUUCCUGCAUCAUAGAAAGCAUCUUGAAGCAUGUGCAGCCCAGCUUCUUACACAUCUUUGUUAUAGACUGUACUCCACACAUAUUUAUAUAUAUAAAUAUAAAUACAUAUAUAUAUAUAUCUUGACCUAACCAAGCUCUUUUAGCGGUUAAGAAAAAAGAAAAUCCUUCAUAUGCAGAACGCAUAGGACAGCUUUAGGAUCGGUAAGGUUUGUUUCAGGCAGCAAGACUGUGAUGCCCCCCCUGCAUCAUUCUUUGUCCUUUGGGUGCUCUCUUACUGUGAUUUAAGCACAAGUGGAUAGCAUGUGGACCAUCCUCUCAGCAUGGACCUUCUUCACCCAGCCUACAGUACCAAUAGGAUGCUUCUCAGCGUUCUAACACAUGUACGAAAAGUUGAUAAACUGAUGAAAUUAGGAUCAGGAGCGGUGGAAUCAUCAAAAGUGAAGGUCACUGUGCGCGAUUUGAGGGGUCCGAUGAUACUCGUAGGUUACUUUGACAGCAGCAGAAUCACUAAAGGUCUGUGCUGCUGCUCCUGUGUGUGUGUGUGUGUGUAUUAGACUAAGACCCCCUCUUACCCUGCUGUGUUAUUUUUUAAUUCCCUGUGUUUUUAUGUGCCUGAAAAAAGAAUCAAACAAGCUUUGUCUGUGAAGUUCAUACUGAGAUGCAGGGAGCGGAGAAAAAGUCUGAGAUUUGAAGGGAAUACAGGAAGUUUACUAAAUCUUAAGAAGGGAAACUUCUUAUUUUCUGUCUUGCAAGAAAAAUAAUCUUAUCAAGAAAGUGUUUCAACAUCACAAUUAUCUUAGUUUGAGAAAACGUGUUGGUGACUAGAUUUUUUUCUUAAAAAAGAUUUUUCUUACCCCAACAGCAGAUUAUUAUUAUUUUUUUUUUACUUUUUAUUUUCUUCUCUUUUUUUUUUGAGAAUUUUUUCAGCGUAGGGGGUGGGAAGCUCAGUCGUUCCUGCUGUAAAGUGAAAGGUGACUGAAAGGGCACUUUCUGCUGAGGACGACAGUGAGUUUAGCUCAGACCGCAGCCCGUCAGCUUGAUCCUGCAGUAACAGAAUCCAAAAGCGGGUUACUCUUGUGUUUCUGAACACAGAUCAGAGCUGCACCAUUAGCUGGUCUAUAGAGCUAACAUGCAGACUUAGCAAAAAAAAUGAGGAUACUUUUUUAACUCUCUCACAUUGAAGAUGUCUGAGAUAAAUGUCAAACCACCACAGUGUUAGUCAGAAGCUGCAGCCGGGCUAACCCUUUCUUUAAAUGACUGAUUUGGACGCUGUUUUUGACCGACAGCAUCAGCGCAAUCUCCGUCUGAGUUAGACCCCGAUUAAAGUACUCAAUAUAAAUUAAUGAGCUCUUCUUCCCAGGUUAAUUGGUUUCUCUAAAAUGUCCCGUGUGAAUGAGGUGUGAAUGUGAGUGUGUAUGGGUGUGUGAUUGUGGCUCUGCGACAGACUGGCGACCUGUCCAGGGUGUCCCCCUGCCUUCGCCUACGGGUGGCCGGGAUAGGCCCCAGCAGCCCCAUGACCCCGAAAGAGACAAAACGGCUUAGAAGAUGGAUGAAUGAAUUCUUCUUUGGCAUUUUCUCUGACAAACUGCUUCGUUUCGCUGCAGAUUGUCGAAAAAUGAUUUUAGUCUGUCAUCUCGUUUUCAUUGUCAUGUCGGGAUAAUGACAUCUACUAUCUCGUUAUCACAAAAAAGAAAGGAUGGGAGGCUGUCUGCAGCUUCUGGACAAACCAACAAGGAUGCACUAUUUCCUUCCAAAGCAGCAGCUCCUGCUGUCAGAUUUAGAGCCAGAUGUGGGCCGUCAGCCUUCUGAAAGCAGAAACCGAUGAACGUGUUUCCUAAAUGCUCGGCGUUUCCCUUUGACUUGUGACACUGUGCGUUUCGUGAGGACAUCAGUGUUUCUGUUCCCAAUGUCCUGAUCCGUUCAGGGAUCCUGCGGUCUUAGUUGGUUGACCCGCAUUGUCCCAUUACAUGUGUGUGUGUUUGGUGUCCUCACCUUUUAGGAGGGGUGAAAAAAAAUGCUUUAAGAGGUCCUAAAACGGACCCACAGGCAGAUCCAGGAGAAUAUAUUUUUUUGUCAUUUAGCUGUAGAGUUUAAAACCGCACCUGCCCCCUCCCAGAGGUCAUAAUGCAUUUUUCUGUCAGUGUUGUAUCCACGUUAAUGCGGAUAAAAAAAAUAAAAGCAACCUGUUGGUGUGUAUGAGGAAUGCUGCGGUGCAGUGUUGUAUGGAGUUCACUCUGCAGACAAACAGUGAGAGUCUGUACAUAUACUCUUGACCUUUGUACAUAUGUCGGGUUGUGAUCACCUCUGCCUUUUUCUUUUCUGAUUUCAAAAUUCUUCUGCAGGCGUUGCUAUUUGCACUGUGCUUGAAUCUGAAGUUUAGACAGGAUGUACAGAUUUGAUCUUCAAUCAAAAGAUAAAAACUAAGAAUGACAAACCAAA